UGUAAUGUGUUCCUACUAAAAAAAGACAUAGAACAGUGCUAGUGACAAUUCCCAAAAUGGCUUGUUUUCUCUCUUUCACUGUCUUCACCCUUUACUUCACCCAGUUCUCUAUCUUUUUCAAUACAAUCAAUGGAGUUUUUAUUGAGGAAGUCGUAGAGGACAUAGCAAUAAAGCGAGAUGACAAGACGACCCACCUCCACUUCUACUUCCAUGACAUUGUAGGUGGCAAAAACCCAAGUGUUGUGAGAAUUGCAGGGCCACCAGACAGUUUUAUUGGGAACUUUGGCAACACAAUGAUGGCUGAUGAUCCACUAACUGAAGGGCCAAAACCCACAUCAAAACUUGUUGGAAAAGCUCAAGGCCUCUAUGCCAUGGCUGCUCAAAAUGAUUUGGCAUUGCUUAUGGUUAUGAACUUUGUAUUUUUGGAAGGUCAGUAUAAUGGUAGUAGCAUUAGCAUUCUUGGGAGAAAUGCAGUGCUUCUUGAUCAGAGAGAAAUGCCUAUUGUUGGAGGUAAUGGGCUUUUCAGGUUUGCUCGCGGCUAUGCAUUGGCACAUACAAUUUCAGCUGAUCCUAGCACAGGAGAUGCCAUUGUUGAGUACAAUGUUUAUGUACGGGCUUAGCACGACAUAGCCACAUUCGAUCAAUAGCAGUGGUAGUUUUUGUUGUUUUUCUUUUGGCAAGUUACAUGUACCAAUGGAUCUUAAAUUCGCAUUCUCAUUCUUCUAAUACUUAUAAGAGAAGGAGGUGCCAAAUAAGCUAGAGGUCAUUGGCAUAUAUGUUGAUAUUUCCUUGUGCUUUCUUGGCUAUGUUUUUAUUUAUAUAGUUGUUUUCACGAAUACAGUAGUCUAUUGUAUUAGGCGCAAUGGUUGCCUCAGAUAUAUUGUUGCAAUGAAACUGAGUGAAAUUCUAUAUA